AUGGGCAAAGUGGUGUCUCACCUGCAGUUUAAAAACAAAUGGGAUCAUCUAAGAAAAUCUUGCAAGGUAUGGAAGCAGCUUGUUGAUUGUGAGAAUGGGUUGGGUUAUGAUCCUGACAUUGGGAGGAUUGAGGCAUGUCCCCAAGCAACAACCAUUCACAGGAAAGGUUUGCCAAAUAUUGCUUCCAUGGAAAUCAUGUUUAAAGGCAUGGUUGCAAUGGGGAAAAAUGCAUGGACCCCAAGUGGUCAAAUACCAAAGGAAAGCACCGAAGGGUCUGGAGACUUCACUAGUAGCAAAGAAUUUGUUGACCCCCAAUAUCAACCUUCUGCGGAUGUUGACCCAAUGGAGGUUGAAGGCCCAUCAUUGUCGAGGACAGGACCGGGAAUGAAUAAGGGAAAAAGCUUGACAAGCGAUGUCUACCUUUUCAGGGGAAUUCACAAGAAACCAAGAAAAAAGCGUUCAAUUGUGUAA